GUCGCCGGGAGGAAGAAGACGGAGGCCCAAGAUGGCGGCGGCGUCGUCGUUCUGAGGCGAAGCUUCCGAGGCGGCGGGCGGGAUGUUCUCGGCCCUGAAGAAGCUGGUGGGCUCGGAGGCCGGCCAGGCCCGGGAGAAGCCCAUCCCGCCCGGCCUGCAGUCCAUGAACCAGGCGCUGCAGCGGCGCUUCGCCAAGGGCGUCCAGUAUAACAGUGAGUGGCGGCGGGGAAGGAGGAGAAGGGGAAGAAAGGGAAGAAUAAUGUGAAUAAUAUGAAGAAUGUGGAGGAAGAUGAAGAAUAUGAAUGGUUUUUAAUGAUAUUAAGAUGAAUGCUUAUGAAUAAUAUGAAUGAAUAGUAAUGCUUAUUAAUAUUAAUAUUAUUAACGUGAAUGCUUAUUAAUAAUGUCAAUAAUGUGAAUAAAGUGAAGGCUUAUGAGGAAUGUGAAGGAAUAUGAAGAAUAUGAAGAAUAUGAAUGCUUAUUAAUGAUAUGAAUGAAUAGUAAGGCUUAUUAAUAUUAAUAUUAUUAACGUGAAUGCUUAUUAAUAAUGUCAAUAAUGUGAAUAAAGUGAAGGCUUAUGAGGAAUGUGAAGGAAUAUGAAGAAUAUGAAUGCUUAUUAAUGAUAUGAAUGAAUAGUAAGGCUUAUUAAUAUUAAUAUUAUUAAUGUGAAUGCUUAUUAAUAGUGUCAAUAAUGGGAAUAAAGUGAAGGCUUCUGAAUAAGGGGAAGAAUGGGGAGGAAUAUGAAGAAUAUGAAGAAUAUGAAUGCUUAUUAAUGAUAUGAAUGAAUAGUAAGGCUUAUUAAUAUUAAUAUUAUUAAUGUGAAUGCUUAUUAAUAAUGUCAAUAAUGGGAAUAAAGUGCAGGCUUCUGAAUAAUGGGAAGAAUGUGGAGGAAUAUGAAGAAUAUUAUUAUUAUAAGCAUAACAUAAUAAUAUGAAUAUUGUAUUAUAAUAUUAUGAAUAAUAUGAGUAGAGUGAAAGCUUCUGAAUAAUGGGAAGGAAUAUGAAGAAUAUUAUUAUUAUAACAUAAUAAUAUGAAUAUUGUAUUAUAAUAUUAUGAAUAAUAUGAGUAGAGGGAAGGCUUCUGAAUAAUGUGAAGAAUAAUGUGAAGAAUAUGAAGAAUAUGAGUAGUGAAGGCUUCUGAAUAAUGGGAAGGAAUAUGAAGAAUAUGAAGAAUAUGAAUGAAUAGUAAUGCUUAUUAAUAUUAAUAUUAUUAACGUGAAUGCUUAUUGAUAAUGUUAAUAAUGUGAAUGCCUAACAAUAUGAAGAAUGUGGAGGAAUAUGAAGAAUAUGAAGGAUAGGAGUAGAGUGCAGGCUUCUGAAUAAUUUGAAUAAUGUGAAUAAAGUGCAGGCUUGUGAAGAAUGUGAAGGAAUACUGUAUUAACAAUCUGAAUAAUAUGAAUGCUUAUGAAUAAUAUGAAUGAAUAGUAAUACUUAUUAAUAUUAACAUUAUUAAUGUGAAUGCUUCUGGAGAAGGGGAAGAACGGGGAGGAAUAUUAAGAAUAUGAAUAAUGUGAAUGCUUAUUAAUGAUAUGAAUGAGUAGUAAUGCUUAUUAAUAUUAACAUUAUUAAUGUGAAUGCUUCUGAAGAAGGGGAAGAAUGGGGAGGAAGAUGAGGAAUAUGAAGAAUAGGAGUAGAGUGAAAUAUAUAAUAUAUAUUAUUAUAAGGCUAAUAUAAUAUUAUGAAUAUUAUAUUAUAACAUUAGGAAUAAUAUGAGUAGAGUGAAAGCUUCUGAAUAAUGGGAAUAAUGUGAAGGAAUAUGAAGAAUAUGAAUGACAUGAAUGCUUAUUAAUGAUAUUAAUAUGAAUGCUUAUGAAUAAUAUGAAUAAUAUGAGUAGAGUGAAAGCUUCUGAAUAAUGUGAAUUAUGUGAAUAUGAAGAAUAUGAAUAAUAUGAAUGCUUAUUAAUGAUAUGAAUGAAUAGUAAUGCUUAUUAAUAUUAACAUUAUUAAUGUGAAUGCUUCUGAAUAAUGUGAAGAAUGUGAAGGAAUAUGAAGAAUAUGAAUAAUGUGAAUGCUUAAGAAUAAUAUGAAUUAAUAGUAAUGCUUAUUAAUAUUAAUAUUAUUAAUGUGAAUGCUUAUGAAUAAUGUCAAUAAUGUGAAUAAAGUGAAGGCUUCUGAAUAAUGGGAAGAAUGUGAAGGAAUAUGAAGAAUAUGAAUAAUGUGAAUGCUUAUUAAUGAUAUUAAUAUGAAUGCUUAUGAAUAAUAUGAAUGAAUAGUAAUGCUUAUUAAUAUUAAUAUUAUUAACGUGAAUGCUUAUUAAUAAUAUGAGUAGAGUGAAGGCUUCUUAAUAAUGGGAAGAAUGGGGAGGAAUAUGAAGAAUAUGAAGAAUAUGAGUAGAGUGAAGGCUUCUGAAGAAUGGGAAGAAUGGGGAGGAAUAUGAAGAAUAUGAAUGCUUAUUAAUGAUAUUUAUAUGAAUGCUUAUGAAUAUGAAUGAAUAGUAAUGCUUAUUAAUAUUAACAUUAUUAAUGCGAGUACUUCUGAAUAAUGUGAAGAAUGUGAAGGAAUAUUAAGAAUAUUAUUAUUAUAAGCAUAAUAUAAUAUGAAUAUUAUAUUAUAAUAUUAUUAUAUUAUGAAUAAUAUGAGUAGAGUGAGAGCUUCUGAAUAAUGUGAAAAAUGUGAAGGAAUAUUAAGAAUAUGAAGAAUAUGAGUAGAGUGAAGGCUUCUGAAUAAUGGGAAGAAUGUGAAGGAAUAUUAACAAUAUGAAUAAUGUGAAUGCUUAAUAAUAUGAAUGCUUCUCAAUAAGGUGAAUAAUGUGACUGAAUAUUAACAAUCUAAAUAAUAUGAAUGCUUAUUAAUGAUAACAGUGAGUGGCGCUUCGGAAUAAUGUCUGGAAUGUGAAUAAAGUGCAGGCUUCUGAAGAAUGGGAAGAAUGUGGAGGAAUAUGAGGAAUAUGAAGAAUACGAGUAGAGUGAAAGCUUCUGAAUAAUGUGAAGAAUGUGAAGGGAUAUUAUUAUUAUAAGCAUAAUAUAAUAUCAUGAAUAUUGUAUUAUAAUAUUAUUAUAAUAUUGUGAAUAAUAUUAGUAGAGUGAAAGCUUCUGAAUAAUGUGAAGGAAUAUUAAGAAUAUGAAUAAUGUGAAUGCUUAAUAAUAUGAAUGCUUCUCAAUAAGGUGAAUAAUGUGACAUACACACACACACACAUAUAUACUUGAAUAUACAUACAUACACAUAUAAACACACACAUAUAUGUGAAUAUACAUACAUACACAUAUAUACACACACACAUAUAUAUGUGAAUAUACAUACAUACACAUAUACACACACACAUAUAUGUGAAUAUACAUACAUACACAUAUAUACACACACACAUAUAUAUGUGAAUAUACAUACAUACACAUAUACACACACACAUAUAUGUGAAUAUACAUACAUACACAUAUACACACACACACAUAUAUAUGUGAAUAUACAUACAUACACAUAUAUACACACACAUGUGAAUAUACAUACAUACACACACACACACACACACACACACACACAUGUGAAUAUACAUACAUUAACACACACACACACACACACACAUAUAUGAAUAUACAUACAUACACACACACACACGUGAAUAUACAUACAUACACAUACACACACACACACACACACAUGUGAAUAUACAUACAUACACAUAUACACACACACGCACACACAUAUAUGAAUAUACAUACAUACACAUACACACAAACACACAUAUGUGAAUAUACAUACAUACACAUAUACACACACAAACAUAUAUGUGAAUAUACAUACAUACACAUAUACACACACAUAUAUGUGAAUAUACAUACAUAAACAUAUACACACACAUAUGUGAAUAUACAUACAUACACUACACACACACACACACACACAUAUAUAUGUGAAUAUACAUACAUACACAUACACACACACACACACACACACACAUAUGUGAAUAUACAUACAUAUUAUUAUUUCAAAUUUCCUUUUCCUUCCCUUUUCCCCCCAGUGAAGAACGUCACCUGGGGCGACAUUCUUCUCUUCUUCUAUUUCUCCUUCUCUUCUCUACUUCUCUUUCUCUUUCUUAAUCUCUUUCUUCCUUUCUCCGUCUACGAUUUCUCCUGAUUCUCUUUGCUCCCCGCAGUGAAGAUCGUCAUCCGGGGCGACCGCAACACGGGCAAAACCACCUUGUGGCACCGCCUGCAGGGGAAGAAGUUCCUCGACGCCUACGUCCCGACGCAGGAAAUCCAGGUCACCAGCAUCCACUGGAACUACAAGAGUGAGUCUCGGGCCGGGUCCUGCGUUCGAAUCCUGCUUCCUUGUUUCCUGGAAGCAUCCUUCUACUUCCUGUCUCCUCCUGCCUCCUUCCUCUUCCUCCUUGAAGCAUCCUUCUACUUCCUGUCUCCUCCUGCCUCCUUCCUCCUCCUCCUUCCAGCAUCCUUCUUCUUCCUGUCUCCUCCUGCCUCCUUCCUCCUCCUCCUUCCAGCAUCCUUCCACUUCCUGUCUCCUUCCUCCUCCUCCUUCCAGCAUCCUUCUACUUCCUGUCUCCUUCCUCCUCCUCCUUCCAGCAUCCUUCCACUUCCUGUCUCCUCCUGCCUCCUUCCUCCUCCUCCUUCCAGCAUCCUUCUACUUCCUGCCUCCUUCCUCCUCCUCCUUCCAGCAUCCUUCCACUUCCUGUCUCCUCCUGUCUCCUUCCUCCUCCUCCUUCCAGCAUCCUUCCACUUCCUGUCUCCUUCCUCCUCCUUUUUCCAGCAUCCUUCCACUUCCUGUCUCCUUCCUCCUCCUUUUUCCAGCAUCCUUCUACUUCCUGUCUCCUUCCUCCUCCUUUUUCCAGCAUCUUUCCACUUCCUGUCUCCUUCCUCCUCCUCCUUGAAUCAUCCUCCUACUUCCUGCCUCCUUCCUCCUCCUCCUUCCAGCAUCCUUCCACUUCCUGUCUCCUUCCUCCUCCUCCUUCCAGCAUCCUUCUACUUCCUGUCUCCUACCUCCUCCUCCUUCCAGCAUCCUUCUACUUCCUGUCUCCUUCCUCCUCCUCCUUCCAGCAUCCUUCUACUUCCUGUCUCCUUCCUCCUCCUCCUUCCAGCAUCCUUCUACUUCCUGCCUCCUUCCUCCUCCUCCUUCCAGCAUCCUUCUACUUCCUGCCUCCUUCCUCCUCCUCCUUCCAGCAUCCUUCCACUUCCUGUCUCCUUCCUUCUCCUCCUUCCAGCAUCCUUCUACUUCCUGUCUCCUUCCUCCUCCUUUUUCCAGCAUCCUUCUACUUCCUGUCUCCUCCCUCCUCCUUUUUCCAGCAUCCUUCCACUUCCUGUCUCCUUCCUCCUCCUCCCUGAAUCAUCCUCCUACUUCCUGCCUCCUUCCUCCUCCUCCUUCCAGCAUCCUUCUACUUCCUGUCUCCUUCCUCCUCCUCCUUCCAGCAUCCUUCUACUUCCUGUCUCCUUCCUCCUCCUCCUUCCAGCAUCCUUCUACUUCCUGUCUCCUUCCUCCUCCUCCUUCCAGCAUCCUUCCACUUCCUGUCUCCUUCCUCCUCCUCCUUCCAGCAUCCUUCUACUUCCUGUCUCCUUCCUCCUCCUCCUUCCAGCAUCCUUCCACUUCCUGCCUCCUACCUCCUCCUCCUUCCAGCAUCCUUCUACUUCCUGUCUCCUUCCUCCUCCUCCUUCCAGCAUCCUCCUACUUCCUGUCUCCUUCCUCCUCCUCCUUCCAGCAUCCUUCUACUUCCUGUCUCCUUCCUCCUCCUCCUUCCAGCAUCCUUCUACUUCCUGUCUCCUACCUCCUCCUCCUUCCAGCAUCCUUCCACUUCCUGUCUCCUCCUGCCUCCUUCCUCUUCCUCCUUGAAGCAUCCUUCCUCUUCCUGUCUUUCUGCCACAGUCUUCUCAAACAUUAUAUUAUUUUUAUUCUUAUUUCUUCUUCUUCUUCUUUAUUUUUAUUUUUAUUAUUAUUAUUAUUAUUAUUAUUAUCUUUUGCUCAAUCUAUUAUUAUUAUUAUUAUUAUUAUUAUUAUUAUCUUUUGCUCAAUCUAUUAUUAUUAUUAUUAUUAUUAUUAUUAUUAUUAUUAUUAUUAUCUUUUCCUCAAUCUAUCAUCCCUCCUCUAACUUGCUCAUCUUUUGUAUGGCACUCCAACAAUAAUUUAUCUAAAAUGUAUAUUUUAGAUAAUUUUUUUACCUUUAGUAUCUGUCUUCCCACUUCCAUUUUCCAGAAGCAAAGCCGUUUUUCUUCCCCAAUUCAUUAAUCGGGUGAUAAUGUAACUUCUCUUUCACUCGAUCAAAUAGUUUGAAUUUUUAUCCUUCUUCUAGUAAUAAAUCAUAAUAUCUUCUUCUUCUAGUAAUAAAUAUCCUCUUCUUCUAGUAAUAAAUCAUAAUAAAUCAUAAUAUCUUCUUCUAGCAAUAAAUAUCUUCUUCUUCUAGUAAUAAAUCAUAAUAAAUCAUAAUAUCUUCUUUUUCUAGCAAUAAAUAUCUUCUUCUUCUAGUAAUAAAUCAUAAUAAAUCAUAAUAUCUUCUUCUAGCAAUAAAUAUCUUCUUCUUCUAGUAAUAAAUCAUAAUAAAUCAUAAUAUCUUCUUCUUCUAGCAAUAAAUAUCUUCUUCUUCUAGUAAUAAAUCAUAAUAAAUCAUAAUAUCUCCUUCUUCUAGCAAUAAAUAUCUUCUUCUUCUAGUAAUAAAUCAUAAUAAAUCAUAAUAUCUUCUGCUUCUAGCAAUAAAUAUCUUCUUCUUCUAGUAAUAAAUCAAAAUAAAUCAUAAUAUCUUCUUCUCCUAGCAAUAAAUAUCUUCUUCUUCUAGUAAUAAAUCAUAAUAAAUCAUAAUAUCUUCUUUUUCUAGCAAUAAAUAUCUUCUUCUUCUAGUAAUAAAUCAUAAUAAAUCAUAAUAUCUCCACCAUUUCGGGUCCAGAUUUCCUUUUUUCCUGGGUCUCCAUCUAAAAGAUCUUUCUAUUUGAUCCAAACCUUAUAUAAUUUCCUAAUUAAAAGGUUUUUAAAUGCAUUCUUGUCCUAAAAUAAAUAUGCAUGCCAAAAAAACAUGCAAAAAUCGAAUAAAUCUGGAUUUUCUAAUUGGUUUUUCUGCUUUUAAGCUAACAAACAUCGAUUGUCCCGGUUAUGAUAUAUAUUUUCUAAUUUUCCAGGGGUCAAGUACCCAUCUCUACAUCAUUUUUCAUUGUAAAAAUUUGUAAUUUUUAAUUGUAAAAUGUAAAAAAAAAAAUUACAUUGUAAAAUUUUUUUUUAAUUUUUAAUUUUAUGUUCCUUUCACCUUUGGAUAGGUCUUCCCCAUCCGAUAAAAAUUCCCUUCCUUUUCUUUGCAUUGUAAAAAUUUUUAAUUUUUAAUUGUAAAAUGUAAAAAAAAAAUUACAUUGCAAAAAUUUUUAAUUUUUAAUUUUAUGUUCCUUUCACCUUUGGAUAGGUCUGCCCCAUCCGAUAAAAAUUCCCUUUUUUCUUUGCAUUUCCAACAUAGAUUUCUAUAUCUUGGCUUUAUAUAUCUUGGCAUAGAUUUAGAUAUAUUUAUAUAUCUUGGCAUAGAUUUAUAUAUCUUUUCCAAUCCCCAUCUGUCCAUCAUUUCCCAUUGCCGAAAUUCAAAUUAUCAAUAUUAUUAUUAUUAUUAUAUUAUUUCAAUUUUUAAUUGUCAUUUCCCCGGACUUCGCUUCCGGGUUCGAAUCCCGCUCCCUGACCCCUUUCCUUUUCCGCCUAGCGACCGAUGACAUCGUCAAAGUGGAGGUGUGGGACGUCGUCGACAAAGGUGAGCCUCUUUUCGGGGCGGGACCCCGGGAGGUCAUCCAAACUGACCCGCUUUGGGCCGCCGUUUUUAACCUUCUUUUUGGGCGCAGGCAAGUGCAAGAGGCGAGGCGAGGGGCUGAAGCUGGAGAACGACCCGUCCCAGGAGGUGAGAUGAAGAAUGAAAAUAAUACUAAUAAUAAUAAUAAUAGUAAUAAUAAUAAUAAUAAUAAUAAUAAUAAUAGUGAUAGACUGGGAAGAUAUGUAGGACAUCAUAAUAAUAAUAAUAUUGAUAAUGAUAGUGAUAAUAAUGAUAAUAAUGAUAGACUGGGCAAGAGAUGUAGGAAAUAAUAAUAAUAAUAAUAAUAAUAAUAAUAAUAAUAAUAGUGAUAGACUGGGAAGAUAUGUAGGACAUAAUAAUAAUAAUAAUAAUAAUAAUAAUAAUAAUAGUGAUAGACUGGGAAGAUAUGUAGGACAUAAUAAUAAUAAUAAUAAUAAUAAUAAUAAUAAUAGUGAUAGACUGGGAAGAUAUGUGGGACAUAAUAAUGAUAAUAAUAAUAAUAGUGAUAGACUGGGAAGAUAUGUAGGACAUAAUAUAUAAUAAUAAUAAUAAUAAUUAUAAUAAUGAUAGACUGGGCAAGAGAUGUAGGAUAUCAUAAUAAUAAUAAUAAUAAUAAUAAUAGUGAUAGACUGGGAAGAUAUGUAGGACAUAAUAAUAAUAAUAAUAAUAAUAAUAGUGAUAGACUGGGAAGAUAUGUAGGACAUAAUAAUAAUAAUAAUAAUAAUAAUAAUAAUAAUAGUGAUAGACUGGGAAGAUAUGUAGGACAUAAUAAUAAUAAUAAUAAUAAUAAUAAUAGUGAUAGACUGGGAAGAUAUGUAGGACAUAAUAAUAAUAAUAAUAAUAAUAAUAAUAAUAAUAGUGAUAGACUGGGCAAGAGAUGUAGGAUAUCAUAAUAAUAAUAAUAAUAAUAAUAAUAGUGAUAGAUUGGGAAGAUAUGUAGGACAUAAUAAUAAUAAUAAUAAUAAUAAUAAUAGUGAUAGACUGGGAAGAUAUGUAGGACAUAAUAAUAAUAAUAAUAAUUAUAAUAAUAGUGAUAGACUGGGAAGAUAUGUAGGACAUAAUAAUAAUAAUAAUAAUAAUAAUAAUAAUAAUAGUGAUAGACUGGGCCAGAGAUGUAGGAUAUCAUAAUAAUAAUAAUAAUAAUAAUGUAGUGAUAGAUUGGGAAGAUAUGUAGGACAUAAUAAUAAUAAUAAUAAUAAUAAUAAUAAUAGUGAUAGACUGGGAAGAUAUGUAGGGCAUAAUAAUAAUAAUGAUAAUAAUAAUAAUAAUAGUGAUUAUAGUUACUAGUAAAAUAUUAAUAGUGAUAGACUGGGAAGAUAUGUAGGACAUCAUCAUCAUCAUAAUAAUAAUAAUAAUAAUAAUAGUGAUAAUAGUAGUAAAAUAUUAAUAGUGAUAGAUUGGGAAGAUAUGUAGGACAUCAUCAUAAUAAUGAUGAUAAUAAUAAUAAUGAUAGUGAUAAUAAUGAUAAUAAUGAUAGACUGGGCAAGAGAUGUAGGACAUAAUAAUAAUAAUAAUAAUAAUAAUAAUAAUAAUAGUGAUAGACUGGGCAAGAGAUGUAGGACAUAAUAAUAAUAAUAAUAAUAAUAAUAAUAAUAGUGAUAGACUGGGAAGAUAUGUAGGACAUAAUAAUAAUAAUAAUAAUAAUAAUAAUAAUAGUGAUAGACUGGGAAGAUAUGUAGGACAUAAUAAUAAUAAUAAUAAUAAUAAUAAUAAUAAUAAUAGUGAUAGACUGGGAAGAUAUGUAGGACAUAAUAAUGAUAAUAAUAAUAAUAAUAAUAAUGAUAAUAAUAAUAAUAGUGAUAGACUGGGAAGAUAUGUAGGACAUAAUAAUAAUAAUAAUAAUAAUAAUAAUAAUAAUAAUAAUAAUAAUAGUGAUAGACUGGGAAGAUAUGUAGGACAUAAUAAUAAUAAUAAUGAUAAUAAUAAUAAUAAUAAUAAUAAUAAUAGUGAUUAUAUUUACUAGUAAAAUAUUAAUAGUGAUAGACUGGGAAGAUAUGUAGGAGAUAAUAAUAAUAAUAAUAAUAAUAAUAGUGAUAGACUGGGAAGAUAUGUAGGACAAUAAUAAUGAUGAUGAUAAUAAUGAUAAUAAUAAUAAUAGUGAUUAUAGUUACUAGUAAAAUAUUAACAGUUAUAGACUGGGAAGAUGAUAUGUAGGACAUAAUAAUAAUAAUAAUAAUAAUAAUAAUAAUAAUAGUGAUAGACUGGGAAGAUAUGUAGGACAUAAUAAUAAUAAUAAUGAUAAUAAUAAUAAUAAUAAUAGUGAUUAUAGUUACUAGUAAAAUAUUAAUAGUGAUAAACUGGGAAGAUAUGUAGGAGAUAAUAAUAAUAAUGAUGAUAAUAAUAAUAAUAUUGAUAAUGAUAGUGAUAAUAAUGAUAAUAAUGAUAGACUGGGCAAGAGAUGUAGGACAUAAUAAUGAUAAUAAUAAUAAUAAUAAUAAUGAUAAUAAUAAUAAUAGUGAUAAUAGUUACUAGUAAAAUAUUAGUAGUGAUAGACUGGGCAAGAGAUGUAGGACAUAAUAAUAAUAAUAAUAAUAAUAAUAAUAAUAAUAAUAAUGAUAAUAAUAGUGAUAGACUGGGAAGAUAUGUAGGACAUAAUAAUAAUGAUGAUGAUAAUAAUGAUAAUAAUAAUAAUAGUGAUUAUAGUUACUAGUAAAAUAUUAACAGUUAUAGACUGGGAAGAUGAUAUGUAGGACAUAAUAAUAAUAAUAAUGAUAAUAAUAAUAAUAAUAAUAAUAGUGAUUAUAGUUACUAGUAAAAUAUUAAUAGUGAUAGACUGGGAAGAUAUGUAGGACAUCAUAAUAAUAAUAAUAAUAAUAAUAAUAGACUGGGCAACAGGUGUAGGAGAUAAUAAUGAUAAUAAUGAUGAUGUUGAUAAUAAUGAUAGACUGGGCAAGAGAUGUAGGACAUAAUGAUAAUAAUAAUAGUAGUAGUAGUAUUAAUAAUAAUAAUAGUAGUAGUAGUAUUAAUAGUAUUAAUAGCAUUAAUAAUAAUAACAUUUCCCUCUCCUCUCGAACCCGAGGCCGAGGCCGCCCUGGCCCUGGACGCCGAGUUCCUGGACGUCUACAAGAACUGCAACGGCGUGGUCAUGAUGUUUGACAUCACCAAGCAGUGGUGAGCCGCCCCUCGAACCCAGAACCCCCCAAAUCUCCUCCCUCGAACCCGCAACACCCCAAAUCUCCUCCCUCGAACCCGGAACCCCCCAACCUCCUCCCUCGAACCCGCAACCCCCCAACCUCCUCCCUCGAACCCAGAACCCCAAAUCUCCCUCGAACCCGCAACCCCCCGCGCUCCUCCCUCGAACCCGGAACCCCCAAAUCUCCUCCCUCGAACCCGGAACCCCCCAACCUCCUCCCUCGAACCCAGAACCCCCCACCCUCCUCCCUCGAACCCGGAACCCCCCACCCUCCUCCCUCGAACCCGGAACCCCCCAACCUCCUCCCUCGAACCCGGAACCCCCCACCCUCCUCCCUCGAACCCGGAACCCCCCACCCUCCUCCCUCGAACCCGCAACCCCCCACCCUCCUCCCUCGAACCCGGAACCCCCCACCCUCCUCCCUCGAACCCGGAACCCCCCACCCUCCUCCCUCGAACCCGCAACCCCCCACCCUCCUCCCUCGAACCCGGAACCCCCCACCCUCCUCCCUCGAACCCGCAACCCCCCACCCUCCUCCCUCGAACCCGGAACCCCCCACCCUCCUCCCUCGAACCCGGAACCCCCCAACCUCCUCCCUCGAACCCAGAACCCCAAAUCUCCCUCGAACCCGCAACCCCCAAAUCUCCUCCCUCGAACCCGCAACCCCCAAAUCUCCUCCCUCGAACCCGCAACCCCCAAAUCUCCUCCCUCGAACCCGGAACCCCCCACCCUCCUCCCUCGAACCUGGAACCCCCCAACCUCCUCCCUCGAACCCGCAACCCCCUACCCUCCUCCCUCGAACCCGGAACCCCCCACCCUCCUCCCUCGAACCCGGAACCCCCCAAAUCUCCUCCCUCGAACCCGGAACCCCCCAACCUCCUCCCUCGAACCCGGAACCCCCACCCUCCUCCCUCGAACCCGCAACCCCAACCCUCCUCCCUCGAACCCGGAACCCCCAGCCUCCUCCCUCUAACCCGUCACCCCCCCACCUCCUCCCUCGAACCCGCAACCCCCCCCCCUCCUCCCUCGAACCCGGAACCCCCCAACCUCCUCCCUCGAACCCGCAACCCCCAACCCUCCUCCCUCGAACCCGCAACCCCCCAACCUCCUCCCUCGAACCCGGAACCCCCCACCCUCCUCCCUCGAACCCGGAACCCCCCAACCUCCUCCCUCGAACCCGGAACCCCCAACCUCCUCCCUCGAACCCGGAACCCCCCCAACCUCCUCCCUCGAACCCGGAACCCCCAAAUCUCCUCCCUCGAACCCGCAACCCCCCACCCUCCUCCCUCGAACCCGCAACCCCCAAAUCUCCUCCCUCGAACCCGCAACCCCCCACCCUCCUCCCUCGAACCCGCGACCCCCACCCUCCUCCCUCCCACCCGCUACCCCCCAACCUCCUCCCUCGAACCCGGAACCCCCCACCCUCCUCCCUCGAACCCGGAACCCCCCAACCUCCUCCCUCGAACCCAGAACCCCCAAAUCUCCUCCCUCGAACCCGGAACCCCCCAACCUCCUCCCUCGAACCCGUAACCCCCCAACCUCCUCCCUCGAACCCGGAACCCCCCACCCUCCUCCCUCGAACCCGGAACCCCCCACCCUCCUCCCUCGAACCCGGAACCCCCCAACCUCCUCCCUCGAACCCGGAACCCCCCAACCUCCUCCCUCGAACCCGGAACCCCCCACCCUCCUCCCUCGAACCCGGAACCCCCAAAUCUCCUCCCUCGAACCCGCAACCCCCCACCCUCCUCCCUCGAACCCGGAACCCCCCACCCUCCUCCCUCGAACCCACGACACCCCCUACCCUCCUCCCUCGAACCCGGAACCCCCCAACCCUCCUCCCUCGAACCCACAACCCCCCAACCCUCCUCCCUCGAACCCGGAACCCUCCUCCCUCGAACCCGCAACCCCCCACCCUCCUCCCUCGAACCCGCAACCCCCCACCCUCCUCCCUCGAACCCGCAACUCCCCAAUCUCCUCCCUCGAACCUGGAACCCCCCACCCUCCUCCCUCGAACCCGGAACCCCCCGACCUCCUCCCUCGAACCCGCAACCCCCCGACCUCCUCCCUCGAACCCGGAACCCCCAAAUCUCCUCCCUCGAACCCGCAACCCCCCGACCUCCUCCCUCGAACCCGCAACCCCCCGACCUCCUCCCUCGAACCCGGAACCCCCAAAUCUCCUCCCUCGAACCCAGAACCCCCCAACCUCCUCCCUCGAACCCGGAACCCUCCCCCCUCGAACCCGGAACCCCCCACCCUCCUCCCUCGAACCCGGAACCCCCCAACCUCCUCCCUCGAACCCGGAACCCUCCUCCCUCGAACCCGGAACCCCCCACCCUCCUCCCUCGAACCCGCAACCCCCCAAAUCUCCUCCCUCGAACCCAGAACCCCCCAACCUCCUCCCUCGAACCCGGAACCCCCCACCCUCCUCCCUCGAACCCGCAACCCCCCAACCUCCUCCCUCGAACCCGCAACCCCCCCCCCUCCUCCCUCGAACCCGCAACCCCCCACCCUCCUCCCUCGAACCCGGAACCCCCCCAACCUCCUCCCUCGAACCCAGAACCCCCCACCUCCUCCCUCGAACCCGGAACCCCCCAACCUCCUCCCUCGAACCCGGAACCCCAAAUCUCCCUCGAACCCGUACCCCCCUACGCUCCUCCCUCGAACCCAGAACCCCAAAUCUCCUCCCUCGAACCCGGAACCCCCCAACCUCCUCCCUCGAACCCAGAACCCCAAAUCUCCCUCGAACCCGUACCCCCCUACGCUCCUCCCUCGAACCCAGAACCCCAAAUCUCCUCCCUCGAACCCGCAACCCCCCACCCUCCUCCCUCGAACCCGCAACCCCCCACCCUCCUCCCUCGAACCCGGAACCCCCCCAACCUCCUCCCUCGAACCCGGAACCCCCACCCUCCUCCCUCGAACCCAGAACCCCCCAACCUCCUCCCUCGAACCCAGAACCCCCCAACCUCCUCCCUCGAACCCAGAACCCCAAAUCUCCCUCGAACCCGUACCCCCCUACGCUCCUCCCUCGAACCCAGAACCCCAAAUCUCCUCCCUCGAACCCGCAACCCCCCACCCUCCUCCCUCGAACCCGCAACCCCCCCACCCUCCUCCCUCGAACCCGCAACCCCCCAACCUCCUCCCUCGAACCCGCAACCCCCAAAUCUCCUCCCUCGAACCCGGAACCCCCCACCCUCCUCCCUCGAACCCGGAACCCCCACCCUCCUCCCUCGAACCCGGAACCCCCCACCCUCCUCCCUCGAACCCGGAACCCCCAAAUCUCCUCCCUCGAACCCGGAACCCCCCCAACCUCCUCCCUCGAACCCGGACCCCCCCAACCUCCUCCCUCGAACCUGGAACCCCCCACCCUCCUCCCUCGAACCUGCAACCCCCCAAAUCUCCUCCCUCGAACCCGGAACCCCCCACCCUCCUCCCUCGAACCCGCAACCCCCCACCCUCCUCCCUCGAACCCGCAACCCCCCACCCUCCUCCCUCGAACCCGCGACCCCCAACCUCCUCCCUCGAACCCAGAACCCCAAAUCUCCCUCGAACCCGCAACCCCCUCCCUCGAACCCGGAACCCCCAAAUCUCCUCCCUCGAACCCGCAACCCCCAAAUCUCCUCCCUCGAACCCGCAACCCCCAAAUCUCCUCCCUCGAACCCGGAACCUGACUCCCGCUUCCCCCCCUCAGGACCUUCAACUACGUCCUGCGCGAGCUGCCCAAGGUCCCCAACCACGUGCCCGUCUGCGUCCUGGGCAACCACCGGGACAUGGGGGAGCACCGGGUCAUCCUGCCCGACGACGUGCGGGACCUGAUCCGGAAGAUCGACAGGUGAGCGGGGGGGCGCCAUCCCCGCAGGGAGAAAGCCGGCUCCUCAGGCCCCAUUGCAUUGUAUUGAAGGAAGUCCCCGCAGGGAGAAAGCUAGCUCCUCAAGGUGUUUCUUUGAUUGCAUUGUAUUGUAUUGUAUUGAGCUCCCCGCUCUGAGAAAUCUAGCUCCUCAAGCUAUGUUUUAUUGCAUUGCAUUGAAUUGAAUCAACUCCCCGCUCUGAGAAAUCUAGCUGCUCAAGGUGUUUCUUUUAUUGCAUUGCAUUACAUUGUAUUGUAUUGUAUUGUAGGAGCUCCCCGCUCUGAGAAAUCUAGUUCCUCAAGCUAUUUUUUAUUGUAUUGUAUUACAUUGUAUUGUAUUGUAUUGAAUGGUAAGAGGCAGGAGCUCCCCGCUCUGAGAAAGCUAGUUCCUCAAGGUGUUUCUUUUAUUGCAUUGCAUUGCAUUACAUUGUAUUGUAUUGAGCUCCCCGCUCUGAGAAAUCUAGUUCCUCAAGCUAUUUUUUAUUGCAUUGCAUUGAAUUGAAUCAACUCCCCGCUCUGAGAAAUCUAGCUGCUCAAGGUGUUUCUUUUAUUGCAUUGCAUUGCAUUGUAUUGAGCUCCCCGCUCUGAGAAAUCUAGUUCCUCAAGCUUUUAUUGCAUUGCAUUGCAUUGAAGGAAGUCCCUGCUCUAAGAAAGCUAGCUCCUCAAGCUAUUUUUUUAUUGCAUUGCAUUGCAUUACAUUGCAUUGUAUUGAAUGGUAAGAGGCAGGAGCCCCCCGCGCCGAGAAAGCUAGCUGCUCAAGGUGUUUCUUUUAUUGCAUUGCAUUGUAUUGUAUUGUAUUGAAUGGUAAGAGGCAGGAGCCCCCCGCGCCGAGAAAGCUAGCUCCUCAAGGUGUUUCUUUUAUUGCAUUGCAUUGUAUUGUAUUGUAUGGAAUGGUAAGAGGCAGGAGCUCCCCGCUCUGAGAAAUCUAGUUCCUAUUUUUUAGUGCAUUGCAUGAACUGCCUGCUCUGAGAAAGCUAGCUCCUCAAGGUGUUUCUUUUAUUGCAUUGCAUUGCAUUGCAUUGAAUUGAAUGAACUCCCUGCGCCGAGAAAGCGAGCUGCUCAAGGUGUUUCUUUUAUUGCAUUGCAUUGCAUUGAAUUGAAUGAACUCCCCGCACCGAGAAAGCGAGCUGCUCAAGGUGUUUCUUUGAUUGCAUUGCAUUGCAUUGUAUUGUAUUGAGCUCCCCGGUCUGAGAAAUCUAGUUCCUCAAGCUAUUUUUUAUUGCAUUGCAUUGCAUUGUAUUGUAUUGAGCUCCCCGCUCUGAGAAAGCUAGGUGCUCAAGGUAUUUCUUUUAUUGCCUUGCCUUGCAUUGCAUUACAUUGUAUUGUAUUGAGCUCCCCGCUCUGAGAAAGCUAGCUGCUCAAGGUAUUUCUUUUAUUGCAUUGCCUUGCCUUGCAUUACAUUGUAUUGUAUUGAGCUCCCCGCUCUGAGAAAGCUAGCUGCUCAAGGUAUUUCUUUUAUUGCCUUGCCUUGCCUUGCAUUACAUUGUAUUGUAUUGAGCUCCCCGCUCUGAGAAAGCUAGCUGCUCAAGGUAUUUCUUUUAUUGCCUUGCCUUGCAUUGCAUUACAUUGUAUUGUAUUGAGCUCCCCGCUCUGAGAAAUCUAGCUGCUCAAGGUAUUUCUUUUAUUGCAUUGCCUUGCAUUGCAUUACAUUGUAUUGGAUUGAGCUCCCCGCUCUGAGAAAUCUAGCUGCUCAAGGUAUUUCUUUUAUUGCAUUGCAUUGUAUUGUAGGAGGCAGGAGCUCCCCGCUCUGAGAAAGCUAGUUCCUCAAACUAUUUUUUAUUGCAUUGCAUUGCAUUGAAUGAACUCCCCGCACCGAGAAAGCUAGCUCCUCAAGGUGUUUCUUUUAUUGCAUUACAUUGUAUUGUAUUGUAUUGAAUGGUAAGAGGCAGGAGCUCCCCGCUCUGAGAAAUCUAGCUCCUGAAGUUAUUUUUUAGUGCAUUGCAUGAACUCCCCGCACCGAGAAAGCUAGCUCCUCAAGCUAUUUUUGGUUGCGUUGGCAUUGAAUUGAACGAACUCCCCGCUCUGAGAAAGCUAGCUCCUCAAGCUGUUUAUUGAAUUGAGUGAACUCCUCGCACCGAGAAACCUAGCUCCUCAAGCUAUUCUGCAUUGAAUUGCAUUGCAUGAGCUCCCCGCUCUGAGAAAUCUAGUUUCUCAAGCUAUUUUUUAUUGCAUUGUAGGAGCGCCCUGUUCUGAGAAAGCUAGCUCCUCAAGCUGUUUUCAGUUGCGUUGGCAUUGAAUUGAAGGAAGUCCCCGCACCGAGAAAGCUAGCUCCUCAAGGUGUUUCUUUUAUUGCAUUGCAUUGCAUUGAAUUGAAUGAACUCCCCGCGCUGAGAAAGCUAGUUCCUCAAGGUGUUUCUUUGAUUGCAUUGCAUUGCAUUGUAUUGAGCUCCCCGCACCGAGAAAGCUAGCUCCUCAAGGUGUUUCUUUUAUUGCAUUGCAUUGCAUUGAAUUGAAUGAACUCCCCGCGCUGAGAAAGCUAGUUCCUCAAGGUGUUUCUUUGAUUGCAUUGCAUUGCAUUGUAUUGAGCUCCCCGCUCUGAGAAAUCUAGUUCCUCAAGCUAUUUUUUAUUGCAUUGCAUUGUAUUGUAUUGUAUUGUAUUGUAUUGAAUGGUAAGAGGCAGGAGCUCCCCGCUCUGAGAAAUCUAGUUCCUCAAGCUAUUUUUUAUUGCAUUGCAUUGCAUUGAAGGAAGUCCCUGCUCUAAGAAAGCUAGCUCCUUAAGGUGUUUCUUUUAUUGCAUUGCAUUGCAUUGUAUUGUAUUGAAUGGUAAGAGGCAGGCGCUCCCCGCACCGAGAAAUCUAGCUCCUCAAGCUGCUUCUUAUUGCGUUGGCAUUGAAUUGAACGAACUCCCCGCACCGAGAAAUCUAGCUCCUCAAGGUGCUUUUUAUUGCGUUGGCAUUGAAUUGAAUGAACUCCCCGCACCGAGAAAGCUAGCUCCUCAAGCUGCUUUUUAUUGCGUUGGCAUUGAAUUGAAUGAACUCCCCGCACCGAGAAAUCUAGCUUCUCAAGCUUUUUUUAUUGCGUUGGCAUGGAAUUGAAUGAACUCCCCGCACCGAGAAAUCUAGCUCCUCAAGGUGCUUUUUAUUGCGUUGGCAUUGAAUUGAAUGAACUCCCCGCACCGAGAAAUCUAGCUCCUCAAGCUGCUUUUUAUUGCGUUGGCAUUGAAUUGAACGAACUCCCCGCACUGAGAAAGCUAGCUCCUCAAGCUGGUUUCGAUUUCAGUGUGGGAGCUCCCCGCUCUCAGAAAGCUAGCUCCUCAAGUUAUUUUCCAUGGCUUUGCACGGCAUGGAACAAACUCCCCGCUUUGAGAAACAUAGCUCCUCAAGCUGUUUUCCCUGGCAAACGGAAGAAAUUCAAAUAUUGAAAUAUUACAAAAUUAAUAUUAGAGUGAUGAUGGAUUGAAAUUAAAUGGCACAGCUUUUAAAGUUAUAUAUAUAUCAAGAAUUAGGAUUAAAAAGGUGAAAAGAAUGGAAAAUUGGUUUUUAAUCGGUAAAAAAUUAAGGUUAUAUCAUAUUAAGAUGAAGGAUUGGGAUUAAAAAGGUGAAAAGAAUGGAAAAUUGGUUUUUAAUCGGUAAAAAUUGAAGGUUAUAUCAUAUUAAGAUGAAGGAUUAGGAUUCGAAAGGUGAAAAGAAUGGAAAAUUGCUUUUUAAUCGGUAAAAAUUGAAGGUUAUAUCAUAUUAAGAUGAAGGAUUGGGAUUAGAAAGGUGAAAAGAAUGGAAAAUUGGUUUUUAAUCGGUAAAAAAUUGAAGGUUAUGUUAUAUUAAGAUGAAGGAUUGGGAUUAAAAAGGUGAAAAGAAUGGAAAAUUGGCUUUUAAUCGGUAAAAAAUUAAGGUUAUAUUAUAUUAAGAUGAAGGAUUAGGAUUAGAAAGGUGAAAAGAAUGGAAAAUUGGUUUUUAAUCGGUAAAAAAUUAAGGUUAUAUUAUAUGAAGAUGAAGGAUUGGGAUUAAAAAGGAGGAGAAAAAAGUCCGGGAAACAAGUAAAUGUAAAAGAAGUUAUGAAAAGACGGAAUUGUUUUUAACUGUUUUAUUUUUUAUUAUUAUUAUUAUUAUUAUUAUUAUUAUUAUUAUUUUUAUAUUAUUAUUUUUAUUUUUAUUAUUAUUUUUAUUUUUAUUUUUAUUAUUAUUUUUAUUUUAAACUGUUUUUCCGUUUUUUAUCUUUUUGCAGUUUGUAUUUUCUAUUUUCCAUUGUGUAUCUUUCUUUUUCCUUCCCAAGUUUCUCUUCUUUAUUCAUGUGAUUUUCUUUUUCUGAAACUUUAAUAAAUAUUAAUUUUUUUUAUUAUUUUUAUUAUUUUUAUUAUUUUUAUUAUUAUUAUUAUUUUUAUUUUAAACUGUUUUUCCGUUUUUUAUCUUUUUGCAUUUUGUAUUUUCUAUUUUCGAUUGUGUAUCUUUCUUUUUCCUUUCCAAGUUUCUCUUCUUUAUUCAUGUGAUUUUAUUUUUUUCUGAAACUUUAAUAAAUAUUAAUUUUAUUUAUUAUUUUUAUUAUUAUUAUUAUUAUUAUUUUUAUUUUAAACUGUUUUUCCGUUUUUUACCUUUUUGUAUUUUCUAUUUUCUAUUUUCGAUUGUGUAUCUUUCUUUUUCCUUCCCAAGUUUCUCUUCUUUAUUCACGUGCUUUUAUUUUUUUCUGAAACUUUAAUAAAUAUUAAUUUUAUUUAUUAUUUUUAUUAUUAUUAUUAUUAUUAUUAUUUUUAUUUUUAUUUUUAUUUUAAACUGUUUUUCCGUUUUUUAUCUUUUUGCAUUUUGUAUUUUCUAUUUUCGAUUGUGUAUCUUUCUUUUUCCUUUCCAAGUUUCUCCUCUUUAUUCACGUGAUUUUCUUUUUUCUGAAACUUUAAUAAAUAUUAAUUUUAUUUAUUAUUUUUAUUAUUUUUAUUAUUAUUAUUUUAUUUUUAUUUUUAUUUUUCUUUUAAACUGUUUUUCCGUUUUUUACCUUUUUGUAUUUUCUAUUUAAUUUAAUUUUAUUUAUUAUUAUUAUUAUUAUUAUUAUUAUUAUUAUUUUAAACUGUUUUGUCGUUUUUUAUCUUUUUGCAUUUUCUAUUUUCUAUUUUCGAUUGUGUAUCUUUCUUUUCCCUUUCCAAGUUUCUCUUCUUUAUUCACGUGCUUUUCUUUUUUUCUGAAACUUUAAUAAAUAUUCAUUAAAAAUCAAAAUAAAUAUGAAUGAAAUAUUAAAUAAAUAAAUAAAUAUUUAUUCAAAAUGCAAAUAAAUGUGAAUGAAAUAUUAAAUAAAUAAAUAAAUAUUCAUUAAAAAUUAAAAUAAAUAUGAAUGACAUAUUAAAUAAAUAAAUAAAUAUUCAUUAAAAAUUCAAAUAAAUAUGAAUGACAUAUUAAAUAAAUAAAUAAAUAUUAAUUAAAAAUUAAAACAAAUAUGAAUGAAAUAUGAACUCAAGAAAUAAAUAUCAAUUAAAAAUCAAAAAUUCCAGGGCAAUUUAGCAGCUCCCCGCACCCAGAAAGCUAGCUCCUCAAGCUAUUUUAUUUCCUUUUUCUCCAGGCCGCCCGGCGCCUCCUACGUCCGCUACGCCGAGUCCUCCAUGAAGAACAGCUUUGGCCUCAAAUACCUCCACAAGUUCUUCAACAUCCCCUUCCUGCAGCUGCAGGUAGCCAGUGCGAAUCCUGCCUUCCAAUCGGGGUCAGGCUGGAUGACCCUCGGAGCCCAAUCGGCCCAAAUUCACAUUUCCGCCCCGUUUUUGCUUCUUUUAGUGUUGUAAUGUGUUUUCUUGUGGGUGUUUUCGAUGCCAUAUGUAGCGAUAUAUUAUAUUAUUAUUAUUAUUAUUAUUAUUAUUAUUUCGAUGCCAUAUGUUUUAUAAAUGUAGCGAUAUAUUAUAUUAUUAUUAUUAUUAUUCUUAUUUCGAUGCCAUAUGUUUUAUAAAUGUAGCGAUAUAUUAUAUUAUUAUUAUUAUUAUUAUUAUUAUUUCGACGCCAUAUGUUUUAUAAAUGUAGCGAUAUAUUAUAUUAUUAUUAUUAUUAUUAUUAUUUCGACGCCAUAUGUUUUAUAAAUGUAGCGAUAUAUUAUAUUAUUAUUAUUAUUAUUAUUUCGAUGCCAUAUGUCUUAUAAAUGUAGCGAUAUAUCAUAUUAUUAUUAUUAUUUCGAUGCCAUAUGUUUUAUAAAUGUAGCGAUAUAUUAUAUUAUUAUUAUUACUAUUAUUAUUAUUAAUUAUAUUUAAUUUAAUUUUCCUUAAUUUAACGAUUAUUUUCCCCCAUUUUCUUUACAAUGCCAAGAUGUAGCUAUAUAUUAUAUAUAAUUCCCCCAAAGUUCUUAAUUUUUUUACAUUCCCACCGCAGGAAGUUUCUGUAAUUUUCUUUAAUUUAAUUUAAUUUUCCUUAAUUUAACGAUUAUUUUCCCCCAUUUUCUUUACAGUGCCAAGAUGUAUAUUGUACAUUGUAUUGGGGAAUUAUAUUAUAUUAUAUUAUAUUAUAUUAUAAUUAUAUUAUAUUAUAUUAUAAUAUUAUAUAUAAUUACCCAAAAGUUCUUUACUUUUUUACAUUCCCACCGCAGGAAGUUUCUGUCAUUUUCUUUAAUUUAAUUUAAUUUUCCUUAAUUUAAUGAUUUUUUUCUCCAUUUCCUUUACAAUGCCAAGAUGUAUAUUGUACAUUGUAUUGGGGAAUUAUAUUAUAUUAUAUUAUAUUAUAUUAUAUUAUAUUAUAUUAUAUUAUAUUAUAUUAUUAUUUUAUAUUAUAAUAUUAUAUAUAAUUUCCCAAAAGUUCUUUACUUUUUUACAUUCUCACCGCAGAUGUAUAUUGUACAUUGUAUUGGGGAAUUAUAUUAUAUUAUAUUAUAUUAUAUUAUAUUAUAUUAUAUUAUAUUAUAUUAUAUUAUAAUAUUAUAUAUAAUUCUCCAAAAGUUAUUUCCUUUUUUACAUUCCCACCGCAGGAAUUUUCUGUCAUUUUCUUUAAUUUGAUUUAAUUUUCCUUAAUUUAACGAUUUUUUCCCCAUUUUCUUUACAAUGCCAAGAUGUAUAUUGUACAUUGUAUUGGGGAAUUAUAUUAUAAUAUAAUAUAUUAUAUUCUAUUCUAUUAUAUUAUAUUAUAUUAUAAUAAUUAUAUAAUGUAAUAAUAUAAUAAUUAUAUUAUAUUAUAUUAUAUAAUUAUAUUAUAUUAUAUUAUAUUAUAUUAUAUUAUAUUAUAUUAUAUUAUAUUAUAUUAUAUUAUAUUAUAUUAUAAUAUUAUAUAUAAUUCUCCAAAAGUUCUUUCCUUUUUUACAUUCCCACCGCAGGAAUUUUCUGUCAUUUUCUUUAAUUUGAUUUAAUUUUCCUUAAUUUAACGAUUUCCCCCCCAUUUUCUUUACAAUGCCAAGACGUAGCAAUAUAUUAUAUAUAAUUCCCCAAAAGUUCUUUCCUUUUUUACAUUCCCACCGCCGGAAUUUUCUGUAAUUUGAUUUAAUUUUCCUUAAUUUAACGAUUUUUUUCCCCAUUUUCUUUACAAUGCCAAGAUGUAGCAAUAUAUUAUAUAUAAUUCCCCAAAAGUUCUUUCCUUUUCUACAUUCCCACCGCCGGAAUUUUCUGUAAUUUUCUUUAAUUUAAUUUAAUUUUCCUUAAUUUAACGAUUUUCUUUACAAUGACAAGAUUUAUGACUCGUCUUCUCCAUUUUUGCUAAUAACGCCCAUUCUAAAUUCUCAUAAUUUCGUUUUGCGAAAUUAAUUUUCCUUAAUUUAACGAUUAUUUUCCCCAUUUUCUUUACAAUGCCAAGAUUUAUGACUUGUCUUCUCCGUUUUGGCUAAUAAUCCCCAUUAUAAUUCUCAUAAUUUUGCUUCUAAAUUCUCAUAAUUUCGCUUCUAAAUUCUCAUAAUUUCGUUUUGCGAAAUUAAUUUUCCUUAGUUUAACGAUUUCCCCCCCAUUUUCUUUACUACGCCAAGAUUUGUGACUUGUCUUCUCCGUUUUUGCUAAUAAUCCCCAUUCUAAAUUCUAAUAAUUUCGCUUCUAAAUUCUCAUAAUUUCGUUUUGCGAAAUUAAUUUUCCUUAAUUUAACGAUUUUCUUUACAAUGCCAAGAUUUAUGACUCGUCUUCUCCAUUUUGGCUAAGAAUUCCCAUUCUAAAUUCUCAUAAUUUCGCUUCUAAAUUCUCAUAAUUUCGCUUCUAAAUUCUCAUAAUUUCGCUUCUAAAUUCUCAUAAUUUCGCUUCUAAAUUCUCAUAAUUUCGCUUCUAAAUUCUCCUAAUUUCGUUUUGCCUCCGCUGCUGAAUAUUUCUAUUUGAAAUUUGGAUUUUCCCCAAUUAAAUCCUCUUUAUAUUUCCCCCCCCAGAGAGAAACGCUUCUUCGUCAGCUGGAAACGAACCAAUUAGACAUUGACGCCACCCUGGAGGAAUUGUCGGUCCAGCAGGAAACAGAGGACCAGAAUUAUGAGAUGUAAUAAUAAUUAAUAAUAUUAAUAAUAUUAAUAAUGAUAAUAGAAUAAUAUUAAUAAUAAUUAAAAAAAUUAAUAUGAAUGGCGUGAAGGCUUAGUAACAUCAAUAAUGUGAUUUUUUUUAUGAAUAUCAAUAAUAUGAAUGCCUAUUAAUAAUGUGAAUGCGUAUUAAUAAUGAUAAUAGAAUAAUAUGAUAAAAUAAUAAUUAAAAAAAAUAAUAUGAAUGGCGUGAAUCCUUAGUAACGUCAAUAAUGUGAUUUUUUUAUGAAUAUCAAUAAUAGGAAUGCCUAUUAAUAAUGUGAAUGCGUCUUAAUAAUGAUAAUAGAAUAAUAUGAUAAAAUAAUAAUUAAAAAAAAUAAUAUGAAUGGCGUGAAUGCUUCGUAACGUCAAUAAUGUGAUUUUUUAAUGAAUAUCAAUAAUAGGAAUGCCUAUUAAUAAUGCGAAUGCUUAUUAAUAAUAGUAAUGUGAAUGUUUAUCAAGAAUGUCAUUUCCUAUGAAUAAUAUGAAUACUUAUUAAUAAUAUGAAUAAUGGGAAUUCUUAUGAAUAAUAUCAAUAAUAUGAAUGCUUACUAAUAAUAUGAAUAAUGGGAAUUCUUACGAAUAAUAUCAAUAAUUAUUCUUAUGAAUAAUAUGAAUGCCUAUUAAUAAUGUCAAUAAUGUGAAUGCUUAUUAAUAAUAUGAAUAAUAUUAAUAAUGUGAAUGCCUAUUAAUAAUGUGAAUAAUGUGAAUUCUUAUUAAUAUCAAUAGCAUGAAUGCUUAUUAAUAUUAAUACUGUGAAUUCUUAUUAAUAAUGUCAAUACUAUGAAUGCUUAUUAAUAUUAAUACUGUGAAUUCUUAUUAAUAAUGUCAAUUCUAUGAAUGCUUAUUAAUAUUAAUAGUGUGAAUGCUUAUUAAUAAUAAUAUUAACGAUGUGAAUCAUUAUUAGUAAUAUUAACAAUGCGAGUUCUUAUGAAUAAUAUUAAUGAUAUGAAUGAAUAUCAAUAAUGUGAAUGCUUAUUAAUAAUGUCAAUAACGUGAAUGCUUAUUAAUAAUAUGAAUAAUAUGAAGGCUUAUUAACAAGAUCAAUAAUAUGAAUUCUUAAUAAUAAUGUGAAUGCUUAUGAAUAAUAUGAAUAAUAUUAAUAAUGUGAAUGCCUAUUAAUAAUGUUAAUCAUGUGAAUUCUUAUUAAUAUCAAUAGCAUGAAUGCUUAAUAAUAUUAAUACUGUGAAUUCUUAUUAAUAACGUCAAUACUAUGAAUGCUUAUUAAUAUUAAUACUGUGAAUGCUUAUUAAUAAUAAUAUUAAUGAUGUGAAUCAUUAUUACUAAUAUUAAUAAUGUGAGGGCUUAUGAAUAAUAUGAAUGAUAUGAAUGAAUAUCAAUAACGUGAACGCUUAUUAAUAAUAUAAUAUGAAUGCUUGUUAACAAUAUCAAUAAUAUGAAUUCUUAAUAAUAAUGUGAAUGCUUAUGAAUAAUAUAAAUGCUUAUUAAUAAUAUGAAAAAUAUGAAUGCUUAUUAACAAUCUCAAUAAUAUGAAUUCUUAAUAAUAUGAAUGCUUAUGAAUAAUAUGAAUAAUAUCAAUCAUGUAAACUCCUAUUAAUAAUAUGAAUCAUGUGAAUGCUUAUUAAUAUUAAUACUGUGAAUAUUAAUAUUAAUAUUAAUAUUAAUAAUGUCAAUACUAUGAACGCUUAUUAAUAUUAAUACUGUUAAUGCUUAUUAAUAAUAAUAUUAAUGAUGUGAAUCAUUAUUAGUAAUAUUAGUAAUGUGAGUGCUUAUGAAUAAUAUUAAUGAUAUGAAUGAAUAUCAAUAAUGCGAAUGCUUAUUAAUAAUGUCAAUAGCGUGAAUGCUUAUUAAUAAUAUGAAUAAUAUGAAUGUUUAUGAAUAAUAUGAAAGGGAAUGAUUAAUAAUAUGAAUGCUUAUGAAUAAUAUGAAUGCGAAUGAUUAAUAAUAUGAAUGCUUAUGAAUAAUAUGAAUAAUAUGAAUCCUUAUUAACAAUAUCAAUAAUAUGAAUUCUUAAUAAUAUGAAUGUUUAUGAA